UGUGAUUGCGGAUGGAUGGUUAAUUUUUCUGUUUUUACUAUUUCAUCUCAAAAUAAUCAUAACACAUAUUAUAUUCCAUACACAUUCGAAACAUAAAAAUUCGCUUUAAAACAGAAACGGAACUAUCAUCAUCUUACUUUCCAUUUGUGCCGCGCCACAAUAUACGACCACACCACACCGUAUCGUAGUCUUUUCUCGUGAAAUUAAAGGCAGAAUCUCUAAAGUGAAAGUUUAUUUUUGUAUGUUUUUUUUUCUCGUUCAAUAUUUAUUUUGGUGCGUUACUUUGCUGUGUUGUGUUAUCAUCGGAGAAUUUCGUGCGUUUUAUUUUUGCAAAGUUCAGUUCUAUUGCAAAUUUAUUACAUCAAGUCAUCAACAAAAAAAAGUCAUUAUUAGCGAAACAGUUAAUCGUAAAAGGUGAAAAAUCGCGAAACAAUUGCAACACAGCAGCAGCCUAAAGAGCGAGCGAGAGCAAAGGAAAAUUGCACGCACAAUAAAAGAUACCAUCGAUCUUGAAUUCUCAAGAUACACAAGGAAGCCAGAUAUCGUUGCUCUGAGCCAAUCAACCGCGGUGCAUCAUCAUCCAUCAGUGAAAAAUCAGUUCUGUGUCUUCUUCUUUAUUGUAAAUUUAAAAUCAUGUUAAAGUAAAAUAAAAUAGAAUUAAAAAAACUACAACAAAUACAUCUAACAAUAAUAUUCAGUUUUGUUUUUCUUCAAAGGAUACAAAAAUAAAAAACAACAAAAGAUACAAAAUAUCCAGUGUUAUGUUAUUUGUUAAGUUAAAAACCUUUCACAAAAAAAAUAAUAAUAAUAAUAAUUAUACGAGCAGAAGAAAAAUGCCUGCAACAGCUGUAAAGUGGGUUAAUUUAACGGCAUUAUGUGUCUUGCUAACAGUUGUGCUUCUGCCACUGCCAUCGCCUGCAAAUGGAUUUACACCGAUUGGUGGUGGUAGUGGCAGCAGCGGCGGUGGCGGAUUCCGAAACGGAGAGGGUCGUAAACUCUUCGGCGGCUAUCGGAUAACACCAAAGCACUGCAGAGGAACAAAAACACUUUCAGCCUCGGAUCCACGUUCCACUGGGCCAACGAUAUGUAUGUUCAAUCAUGAAUGUGCUCAGCGCAAUGGUGAAGUUGUUGGAGCCUGUAUGGAUGGAUUCCUCUUUGGGGCUUGUUGUCAAGUGCCACUGUCAAACGCCUAUCAAAACACUCUCAUCCAAGAUGCCCAAAAUCCCAAUUAUCAAUCGUCUGCGGCGAUAACCCAUUCGACAGAGGGUUAUGAUUCAGAUCUUUAUGGAGGCAAUCAGAAGUUCGAGAGUGACGAGUUCCAGGAGAUUCAAAGUUCAUCAAGCAAGCUGCAUGAUCCUUUGCCGACAGAGUCUUCCUACAUGGAUGAAUUGGUUAGUCAAAAAAUUCAGAAGAUCAAUAUGACUUCAGGCUCUUCUUCAUCGCCGACAUCAGGAAAUAAAGUCUUUUAUGUUAAUAAGGGUUCUGUGAUGGUUUCGUCACCAUCAUCUGUCUCGAAUGGUGAUGAUUAUAUCAUAUUGUCGUCAAGUCAAUCUCCUUAUGGCAAUGGAAAUAAUGGAGUGAGCUUCACAACUGAAUUGCCAACAAAAAUAUCGACUGAAUCAAUGGACAACGAAGAUUCUACCCAAGUUCCGAUGAUAAUGAGCGAAACAGUGCACAACAAGAAGAACUAUUCAAGUGGUUCUUUGGAUCUGGAUAUGGGGGAAUUCACACAUAGCGAUAUAACUCAUCCGGGAGCAGAAUCGGUUCUUAUCGAUAGUGACUUGCAAUUCUCAACAGGGUAUGGUGGACCCCAGUCGGUGUACGUCCCACCACCAGCCCAUGCAGAAAUCAUUCCUCCACGAAGAAAGCCCAGUCCCAUAUCAGGUCAAACCACAGGUGGUCAAAAUAAGAAACCAACAAAUGACAAAUAUGUUCUUAUUCAAACACUUGAAGCCUCCAAGAAGCCUUCCCAGGGAGCUGGAACUACCUCGACCGGAAUAUCGACCAAUAUCGAUUCAAUUGAAUCCAUCAUUCUUAUGUUGAAUGGAACAAACCACGGACCAACGUACAAUGUUGCCAACACAAGCCCCUCCUUCAACCAGGCUUCAUAUGGCCAAAAUUCAGGCUAUGGGGUUACCCAUGGACCAUAUGUGAAGGUUACAACAGCAAGGCCUAUUGUUUCUGUGACAACUGGUUCAGGGGUUGUGCUGAGUGACCAUGUCUCAACUUCCACUUCUGAAACAUCCUAUUACGAAGAACUUGACCCAACAACAUCGAGCUUUUCAGACACUUCCGAUGAGAGCAAUAACAAGUACCACUCCAUAGAAAUGUCGGAUGAAAAUCCAAGCUUCGUCGAGAUUUCUGCGGCCCCUCAAAAACAGACAACAUCAAGCAAGAUCGAAGCAAGGCCACCUGUAGGACCGCCACAAAACUCUUAUAAUACAAAUUCCCAGGAAGUUAACGAUUAUGACAGCAACAAUCAUAAUUCCCAUCAUGCAGAUGCUGCUAACCCGAAUUAUGGUUACACCAGCCCAGAACAGCCAACUUCAGACUUCAAUAAAAUGCCAGCCGUAGGUGAAGCCUACCCCGUGAUGGAUGAUGAGACUUCAGCUUAUUUUGAAACCAGCAUGCUGUCACAAGAGGAAGCUAUGAAUCAAAAUGUGAACAAAGUUCAAGCCCAGCACAGUAAGCCACCCCAAGAAGUUAUUGUUCAAUCCCAAGGAGGCUACUAUGGCGAUAACAAUCUAAGCAAAAAACCUCAAACUCAAUCCGUGCUUCAGCCGCAGUCAAGUAUGUCAACCCAUCAAAGACCUUCAUCCCAAAUUCCAAAUGACCAACCAAUUAAACAGCAAGCUCACAUUCAAAACUAUCAAGAAGUAACGCACAGUCGACCAACAUCAUAUCAGUCAUCAACUCAAAGCUACGAGCAAACCUCAACCCAGGUGCCCUCGAGAAGUCCACCUCAGAACUAUGAACAAAUUUCCCAGAAUGGACCAUCUUCGCAGAGACCGGUCCAGGACUAUGAGAAAAUCUCUCAGACGGGCUACAUUUCACAUCCAACUCCUUCCCAUAGCCACGUUCGACCAACUUCUCAAAUCCUCACCACAAAGUAUGAGAUCCAGUCCACCACUCAUCGACCAUCGUCAACAGCUAGACCGACGGAAAAACUUGUGGUCACUCAGGCGUACGAUGUCAAGGAACAAAACUCUCAUAGCACCUCGAGACCUUCCCAACAGCAGUUCGAUGAUGACGAUUCUCAAGAUAAUCAAAACGGAUACGGUCAAGUAAGACCAACACAAAGCACUGGCCAACAACAACAGAAUCCACCCGCCCAACCUGAAAAAGAGGUUACACCCACACCUGAAUCACAGCUUAUCGCUCAACUUACUGAUAGGAUCAAGAAUGGUUACCUUGCUAAUUCUCGACCAACAAAUCAAAAUCAAAACAUUGACCAGGAUCAAUACCUUCCACGACCGACACCACAAAGCGGUAGUGCGCAAGCAGGUUUUCUCGAUAAUAGCAACUAUCAAUCUACUGGUCGCCCAGUUGCUGUAGCCUUUGAUCAAAAUGGAAACAUCCAAGCCCAAGCCGGUUACUUUUCACAGGCACCAAGUUUUGAAAAAAUUGAAGGUCCUUCAAGGCCCUCUCAAACUCCGGUCCUGCGACCCAAGCCAGAGAAAGUUACCUACGCAGAUGUUGAAACAUUUUCUCAGACAACAAUUUCCUCUACGUCCCGACCAGUCACGGUACAUUCCACAAAGCGUCCAACAAAACGCGUUACCAAACGUCCAACAACACCCAAGAAACCAACAACUAACAAACUCUCAACUCAAACCCAUUCCUCCCAAAGUGGACUGCCCCCAAGUCAGGACAAGAAUCACGACGCCACAAAGCCUUCAAACCAGAAGCAACCACUCUCAACCAGCUAUGUCACAGGUCCAACAACUCCAAGACCCGAUAUUGAUCUAUCCUUAGUCCAGAGCUCACCGACAUCAAACAAUCAACUUGCCGAUAAAGUUGAUUCGUACAUAAGUUCGACUCAAGGACCAGUUUAUAGCUCGAUAUACUUGUCCAGUCCAACAGAUGAGAUCAUCAUUCAGAACGGUCCAGUCGGUUCCAUCAAUCAGAAUUACAACAAGCCUCUGUUCGUGAAGAUCCCAUCGGCUACACAAAAAACUCCUUCACCUACAAUCGUCAUAACGCCAAAACCUACAGUCGUAAAUCUCAUAACGGCUAGCUCUUCCCCCUAUCGUCCGAACACCACCCCUGUUCCGAGCAAUUCUUACAUCUAUAGCCCCCUUGUUACGCGUCGACCUGAAUACUCUUCCAGCACUCAAGAAUACAUCAGCAUUCCUCAGGUCACCUCAAACGAAUUCGAUGACCCAGGCUACUCAGGUCUCCACACUCCAACAACACCUGGUUCAAAUAAGAUCCCCUCUGAUGACAGACCGGCAUUCCCAGGCUAUUACGGGCCUACUCCCUCUUAUCCGACAUUUGAACUACCCAGCGAUAAGUACGGAAAUAUUAACGAAGAAGAAGAGGAGACCUACACUUCCCCGAACGACUUUGUCAACUUCCCGCCUGUGAGGAACCCAAAUCUCAACAUGUCCGCCACUUCCAGUUCUGUGACUAACGAUUUAGAACUGUCUACCCCGGCAUUCGUGGAGGACACUAUUCUCAAGGACAAAAUGAACACUCUUGUACAUAAAAUCGUUGAAUCACUUCAAGACAAUUUUGAGGCCCUAGCCGAUAUGAUCGAUGAAAACAACAACACUAUCGCGGGGUUUUCUGAAACCACUGCUGUCCCAACAACCCUAGUUACGCGGCGUCCCGCCAGCAAGGCUCCAACACGAAAGCCCACAUCCAAGCCCAGUAGUGCUGCGGGACCAACAAGAGUUUCAACAAAGAAGCCUCCAACCAGGAUAAGUACGGCAGCGCCAUCUACCACCAGGAAACCAGCAGCAGUGACGACAAGAAAACCUGUGGCAACCACUCGUAAGCCAACAACGAAAAAACCCGUUACAAAGAAACCCACCCGAAGGGUGACAGCCCCACCAACUACACCUCAACCAAUUCGAGAUGAAUUGGUUGAAGAUGAAGACGAAGUCCUAACUAACGAAGUCGAUGAUAACAUCGGUGAGGAGACCAACGUUGCAGGUGGAGGUGGUGGCGGAGGCAGGAAAUUUCAAUGCGGAGUCCGACCACACAUAAAAUCGGGAAGAAUUGUCGGUGGUAAAGGAGCUACUUUCGGUGAAUUCCCAUGGCAAGUCCUUGUCAGAGAAUCCACCUGGUUGGGUCUCUUCACCAAAAACAAAUGCGGUGGAGUGCUUAUCUCAAAUAAGUACGUCGUGACUGCAGCUCAUUGUCAACCAGGAUUCCUUGCUUCAUUGGUUGCAGUAAUGGGAGAACAUGAUAUUUCUGGAGACUUGGAAUCAAAACGUUCCGUAACGAAAAAUGUCAAGCGUGUUAUUGUCCACCGGCAAUACGAUGCAGCAACAUUUGAAAAUGAUUUGGCUUUGCUAGAAUUGGAAAGUCCAGUUAAUUACGAUACUCAUAUUGUGCCAAUUUGCAUGCCAGCGGAUUCAGCUGACUUUACUGGUCGCAUGGCAACAGUUACUGGCUGGGGUCGGCUGAAAUAUGGAGGCGGUGUUCCAUCAGUCUUACAAGAAGUUCAGGUGCCAAUAAUUGAAAACAGUGUGUGUCAGGAAAUGUUCAACACCGCUGGACAUGAAAAGAAGAUUUUGAAAUCCUUCUUGUGCGCUGGAUACGCCAACGGUCAAAAAGAUUCAUGUGAGGGUGACAGUGGUGGUCCACUAGUCCUUCAACGUGCUGAUGGCCGUUACGAACUAGCCGGAACUGUGUCGCACGGUAUAAGAUGUGCAAACCCUUAUCUACCGGGAGUCUACAUGAGGACAACAUACUACAAACCCUGGCUGAGGAGUAUUACUGGAGUAAAAUAAUUACAAUCUUCAAGAUUUCCAUAGUCUUAUCUAAAAUAAUGUGCUCUAGUUUUAAGUUAGUUAAAAAUAGUUUAGUUAGAUAAUAUAAUAUUUAUUAAACUUGUGCUCUCAUUGCGAAAACAAAUUCCCGAUAAAAAUAUUAUGAAACUAACAAAAUCCCUUUAUUGUCAAAAUUGUAUGAUGUCCUAUUCGAGUGUUUAAAAAUGUGAAAAUGUUUUAACAACAACUAACAAAACAAAUGUAUUACUUUCUUUUCUUAAAGGGGGAGAUUUAUGGUAAUUUUUGAGUGUUGUGUGAUUGUGAAGAAUUUUUAUGAAAUGCCAAUUUUUAAUUUUAAACUGUUAAUAUUAGUGCAAAUAUUUAUUUAUUUUUUAAAAUUUAUUUAUGAAACUAUUUAUAUGUAUUUAUGUAUUAUUUCUUUUUUAAUAUUUGUUUUCUUGAUAAAACUUUA